AUGGCGGCGCAAUCCACGCUGCGGCACUCGGUUGCCGAGGAGGCCAUCGCCGCCUUUGUCGACAAGUACCGCGACAUGCUCUGUACACGCUUGCGCAGUACCUCAAAGGCGACACGCCUGCUCGCCACGCUCGCGCUCGCAGCAUCCAUCAUAUUAGCUGGUGAGGGUAGUCGGCGGUGGUGGAGAAACCGGCGCGUGGAGAAAGAGGAGGGCCGGAAGCUGGUGCGCACAAACUCGUGGCUGCAACACAAGGACGGCUCGCGCACCAUCUAUGUGCCCUACAAGGAUGGAACCUCCAAGGUGGUCAUCUCCAAGACGAAGCCGCUCACCUUCGAGGCCCAUCGCCGGCUGUUUUUGAACCCGCCGAGAGUGUCGGGACUUGGGGACGGCCACGUUCCAGCUGCCCAGACAAAACCCGGGCUCAACCUCGCCUUCCUCCAUCAAUUCCUCAGCCUGUUAAGCAUCAUGAUCCCACGGUGGACCAGCAAGGAGGCUGGCCUCCUGGUCAGCCACGGCGCCUUUCUGAUGCUGCGCACCUAUCUCUCUCUGGUAGUUGCCCGCCUGGACGGUGAGAUCGUGCGCGAUCUCGUGGCUGGAAACGGCAAGCAAUUCCUCUGGGGCCUGGCCAAGUGGUGUGGGCUCGGCGGGUUUGCUUCGUACACCAAUGCCAUGAUCAAGUACCUCGAGUCCAAGGUAUCCAUCGCCUUCCGGACACGUCUCACACGCUAUAUUCACGACCUGUACCUCAAUGACAACCUCAACUAUUACAAACUAUCGAAUCUGGACGGAGGCGUUGGUCAGGGUGCAGAUCAGUUCAUUACUCAGGAUCUCACCCUGUUUUGUGCCGCGGCUGCCAAUCUCUACUCGUCGCUGGGUAAGCCUUUCGUAGACAUCUGCGUCUUCAACUACCAGCUCUACCGCUCGCUCGGUCCGCUGGCGCUCACGGGGCUUCUGAGCAACUACUUCCUGACCGCAAGCAUCCUACGACGGCUGUCUCCGCCGUUCGGGAAGCUGAAGGCUGUAGAGGGACGGAAGGAGGGUGACUUUAGGAGCCUACACGCGCGGCUUAUCGCCAACGCCGAAGAAAUUGCCUUUUAUGGCGGUGCAGAGAUGGAGAAGACGUUCUUAAACAAGGAGUUCAAGUCGCUGAAGAAUUGGAUGGAGGGCAUCUACAUGCUCAAGAUCCGGUACAACAUCCUCGAGGACUUCAUUCUGAAAUACAGCUGGAGUGCCUAUGGCUAUCUCCUGUCUUCGCUUCCCGUCUUCCUGCCGGCUUGGGGAGGCAUUGGCGGAGUGUCGGAGCAGGCUGACCACAGUGAGAAGGGCGGUCGUGAGCGCAAUCGCAUGAAGGAUUUCAUCACCAAUAAGCGCCUCAUGCUCUCGCUGGCCGAUGCUGGCGGCCGCAUGAUGUAUUCCAUCAAGGAUCUCUCGGAGCUGGCCGGAUACACUAGCCGCGUCUACACACUGAUAUCGACCCUGCACAGGGUUCACGCCAAUGCGUAUUACGUCCGAGGCCGCGAGAACGAGCUCUACUCACUGUCGGAUGUCCAAGGAACCAUCCAAAAGGGGUUUGACGGCGUCCGCCUCGAAAACGUGCCAAUUGUUGCCCCCGGUCUCUGGCCGCAGGGAGGCGAAGAGCUGAUUGAGUCCCUUUCCCUGAUCGUCCGUCGCGGCGAGCAUCUCCUAAUUUCCGGGCCAAAUGGAGUGGGCAAGAGCGCCAUCGCCAGGGUGAUUGCAGGGCUGUGGCCCGUGUACCGGGGGCUUGUGAGCCGGCCGAAGCAGCCGGGCGAGGAUGGAAUCAUGUUCCUCCCGCAGCGUCCGUACCUGAGCAUCGGAACGCUCCGGGACCAGGUCAUCUACCCCGACGGCGAGGCCGACAUGCGCGAGAAGCGCAAGACCGAGUACGAUUUGAAGAACGCCCUAGACUUCGCCCGUCUCAGCUACCUGCCCGACCGCGAGGGUGGCUGGGACACGCGCAAGGAGUGGAAAGAUGUGCUCAGCGGGGGCGAGAAGCAGAGGGUUGGCAUCGCGCGGCUGCUUUACCACGAGCCCCAGUACGCCUUCAUUGACGAGGGCACAAGCGCCGUCUCGAGCGAUGUCGAGGGCUUGCUGUAUGAGACUUGCAAGGAGAAGGGGAUCACUCUGAUUACCAUAUCCACACGCGCUUCGCUCAAGAAGUACCACACAUACAAUCUCGUGCUGGGUAUGGGCGAGAGGGGCGACGAGUGGGAGCUGCAGCGCAUCGGCACGGAGCGGGAGAAGAUGCACGUGGAGCGAGAGCUGCAGGAUCUGCGGGAGCGCCUCUCGCAGGUCGAGAAGUGGAAGACUCGGCGCGAGGAGAUUGAGAAGGAGCUGGCCAAGGUCUGGGUAGAGGGCGGCGAUGACCUAACGCCGCCUCCCUAUGCAGAGAAAGAGGGCGACGGGGACGAAGGGAGCUCGGUAGUCGAUGUCCCAUCGGCUGUGGUGUAG